AUGUUCCUUGACAAAAUAAAACCAACUACAGAAAUAAACGACGCAAGACUGAAAGAUUGGGUAAAAGCUUUCCCGUUCACAAAAGAUAUAAUUGGUAACAUGGAAAGAAAACCAGAAUGGCUACAAAAACAUAUAUUUGGAAACGAGCUUAUUCCAUAUGGACAGGCACUGUUUGAAGAGCUUGAACCGGAAACUCAGGAAAGAGUCAUGCAAACAAUACGCAAAGACUCAAAUACAAACUAUGACAAACUCUUUCUAGGAUAUAGGUUACCUGAGAUGGGCGACCAGAGCCCAAAGGCAAAAAGGACAUGGGAAAUUUACAACAUACUAGGUGAACAUGAGGCAAAGAUGCAACAACUUGAAGCAGAGGGCAAUGAAGGAAAAAGAAGAGUUAAAAACUCAGUCAGGAAGAAAGUAAAGCUUGGUCCACGUGGGUUCUAUUAUGGCAUAUAA